AUGGGACUAUUCAGCUCUAGCAGCAGCUCAGACAGCACAUGUCCCUCGAUACCGACAGGUCCCCAAUACGGCGCCGACGCUGUCGUGGGGUCUCUCACCUUCCACACACUAACCAUCAUCCUUUGUGGCGCCUUUACCGCGGCAACCUUCCUCUUCUCCGGCGUCCAGCUUUUUCUACACGCAACGCAUUUUAGCAAUCCCGGCCAACAGACCCAGAUUCUCCGCAUCGUCGCCUUAGUUCCUACCUUCGCCCUCGUCUUCUUUCUCGCUGGCUUUAUACCUUCUGCAGCAAUCUAUCUCCAGCCAUGGGCCGACGCGUACGAAGCCGUUGCUCUUACGAGCUACUUCCUUUUGCUAGUUGUAUAUACGGUACCGGAUCCGCGACUGCGGGAAGGGUUCUUCGAUCGAUUGCAGCAACCGAAGGGCGGUGAGGGUAGCCUGAAGUGGUAUCGUCGGACCUGGUGCUUCGUGUUCCAAUACCUUCCCAUCUCGUUCAUCGUCGCCGUCGCAACAGACAUUACACAAGCAACAGGGACAUACUGUGUGAACGCAAAUAGUGUGCAUUUUGCUCAUAUUUGGUUAACAAUCAUCCACACCAUCUCCGUCCUUAUCGCUCUCCCCCGGCUAUUACUAUUCUACAAACGCCUUCGCACCGAGCUCAAAGAACACAACGUCGUGCCCAAGCUCCUCGCGAUCAAAGGCAUCGUCGCUCUAAGCACGCUGCAAAGUGUCAUCUUCACCAUCCUCUCCUCCACCAGCGCCGUGGAACCCAGCUCCAAACUCUCCUACGACGACAUCUACUUCGGCAUCCCUUCGAUCCUCAUCUGCGGCGAAAUGGUGUUCUUCUCUCUCUUCAACUUUUACGCCUACAGCUUCCGACCUUACACUCUCGCGUCGUCCGGCUCGGGUAUGGAAUCACAACCUCUCAAAAGCCGGGCUCACUACCAUGGCGGAUUCCUGGGCAUCAAAGCUCUACUGGCGGCUAUGAACCCGACGGAGAUUGCAAGCGGACUGGUGCUCGCGGUACGAUAUCUGGUUUCGAGCCCGCAACCACAGAGCCAUGACAACGUACCUCUUCGCCAAGGCGUGAAUGCGAGUGCACCACCGCCAUACAUGCCCCAAGGGCGAUACCAAGGGCUUACCAACGCGGACCGCGCGCACAGUCCCAAUGGUGUGGAGUAUGGGCGUGUGGAUCGUUAUUCGCCGCUUCCACUGUGA